AUGCCUAGUAUACAGACCCAUAUAAUAAUCAAUGCCUCUCCAGAGGAAGUAAGACAAGUCUUGUUUGAUUACAAAUCUUUUUUUUCAUGGAAUCCGUUCAUGACGCAUUUUCAAAAAUUCACUAACCAAGAAACUUCCGAGUUGGAAGUAGGUGAUGAACUACAAAUUGAUUUAAAAUUGAAAGGAACAAAUCACACAAGUACUAUUUACCCCAAAAUACUAGAAAAAAGUGAUGAUAAAUUAGUAUGGCAGGGCAAUUUGAUACAUCCUUGGAUAUUCUAUGGGACUCACUCAUUUGAUAUAAGUUUACUUGAACUGGCAGAAGACAGUAGUGAAACUGGUGGUGGUGAAGCUAGUGGUGGCGAAAAGACGGUAUUUGGACAACUGGAGGUAUUUGGUGGUUUAUUAGUUUACUUUUUGCAAAUUUUGGGUGUUUUUCGAAAGACUCAAGAAUCAUUUAAAGAAUUUAAUGAAGCCUUGAAGGAUCAGGUUGAGAAAAAGAAGAAGAAGAAGAAGCAAAUCACAAAAGGGAACCUAACUACUUGA